GAACACUAACCCCCAUCUGCGGUGUUGCUUCAGUCUAGUCAGUUCCCCUUUCUGUGUUUGAGCCUCAGUCCUGAGAUUAUUUCUCAUUUUACAAGGAGUCAGAAGACUCAGGGAGCUGGCAAAGGCUCCUUUUCAUCUCUUCUUAACCCCUUACUCCUGUGUUCCUCGGGAAUGCUGCUGUGCUUAUGUGUCUGGUCUCUGGGUGCUGCAGUGGAUGGGCACUGGUGACAGCACCAUGGGACCAGGUAUCAUUCUCGUUUUGAUGGCCCUCCUGCACUCUGGUGCUGCCUUCCUGAAGAGUGAAGCUUAUUUCAAUGAGACUGCAGCACUGCCAUGCCAAUUUUCAAACUCUCAAAACCUCAGCCUGAAUGAGCUAGUAAUAUUUUGGCAGUACCAGCAAAAGUUAGUUCUCUAUGAAUUUUAUUUAGGAAGAGAAAACUUUAAUAAUGUGGCUCCCAGCUACAUGUACCGCACAAGCUUUGACCAGAACAGUUGGACUCUGCGACUUCACAGAGCUCAAAUCAAAGACAAGGGCAUCUAUCAAUGUAUCAUCCAUCACAAAAAGCCCACAGGACUGGUUUCUAUCCACCAGAAGGAUUCUGAGCUGUCAGUGUUUGCUAACUUCACUGAACCUGAAAUAGUGCAAAUGUCUAAUGUAACAGGAAAUUCUGGCAUGAAUUUAACCUGCUCAUCUGGACAAGGUUAUCCACAAGCUAUGAAGAUGUAUUUUUUGCUAAAACUUGAAAAUUCAACUGAAUUGGAGUAUGAUGGUGUCAUGCAGAUAUCGCAAGAUAAUGAUACAGAGCUGUACAACAUUUCCAUCAGCUCAUAUGUUCCAUUCCCUGAUGAUAUGAGUAAUGUGACCAUCUUCUGUGUCCUGAAAACUAAGUCAAUGAGGUCAAAGGAUUGGCAGCUUUCCUCCAAACCUUUCUAUAAAGAUCAAGAUCAUUAUCAAACCCACCUUGGAAAAAGGAAGACAGCUCAUUCCAAGCAUUUGGCCAGAGUUCCUAGUCAUCAUUUGCCUGCUACACAUCAAUCCUCCUGGAUUAUAGCUGUAGUUCUAAUAUCCGUGAUCUUUGGAUGUGGGCUGGGAUGCUUUCUGUGGAAGAAGAAGAAGAAGCAACAGGCUGUCGUCUCUCACAAACGUGAAACCACCAGAAUGGAGAAGGAAAACAAUGAAGAGACUGAAGGAAGAAUGAACAUCCAUAUAUCUGAAAGAAAUGAUAAAGAAGUCCAGUGUGUUGUUCAGCCUUACUCGUUGAAAAUGCUACAUGGUUUUGAUUAAAGGAAAAUCUUUCUAUAAGUAUCCAUUUCUAUAUCAUUUCCUUCACAAGUUUUUGAGCAAAAUGUGUGAAACUCUCUCUCAAAAAAACUUUUGGAAUUCUCUCAAAAGCCAAGAGAAUGUUACCUUUAGUAAUAGUGAGAACAUUAGGACUCCCUGUAAGUGAAAGAACCUCCCUAUGUCAGUUCUGUUCCCUGUGUUUAGAACAGACUUUAAUUCUCUAACUGCUUCUUUUAAUUUCAGAGCACAUUUGUGAGCCAGUCUCACCAAAAUGGUUCCUUCCCUGGGAAUAAUAUUUAGGACCAAUGUGUCCUGCUUAAGACCAGAUUCCUCACUUUAUGUUUACAAAAUAUAUUUUUAUAUGGGAUUCCUAGUUCUGGGAGUACUGGCUUUUAUCUGCCCUGAAUUCUACAGUAGUGUCCCAUUUCAUUUUAUGUAUGUGGGACUGAACAAUUACCUCUGUGGUUGAGGUAGAAAAAUGUAUUUUACAACUUUAUAGUGUUCAUAGUAAUAUUUGAAAAUAUAAAUAAAUGUAUAAUAAAACCAAACAGCAAAAAAGAUAUAACCAGUCAACACUGAAUGGAAAGGAGACUGGGUUAAAAAAAAUAAAAGGAAAGAAGAAAGAAGAAGUACUUCAUCUUAGUUAUUACUCAUGCUCUUUACAGUAGUAGAUAGUUAAGAUUAUGGCAAGUUGUAUUAUAAAUGUCAUGAAUUAUGCAUAAAUACAAACCUUCAUAGUACAAUCAAGAUAAUGAAAACAUACCAAAAAUGUUUAAAUGCACAGUGUAAUAUUAUAACAGUUUAACUACAAAGUACUUGUCAUGUCCACAAAAGUCUAAACUAAUCUAUUAAAAGAAUAAAAGUACUUUUUUAAAAAAGCAUAUACUAUGAUAAUGCAGUUACUGUGCUGUAAAGAAAAACCUACCCCUUCUGAGGAAUGCUUAUCCCUCUGCCAGGACCAAUAAAGAGUAUGAUGACCUAGUUAUUGUCCAGGACAUAGUGAGCAAAGGAACCUGAAUUUGGGGAAUCAGGACAGGGAGGUAGAACCAGCCCUAGAUCCCAGAGCCACAUCUCCCUGGGUUGUUGCAGACAUUGAGCGGAUGAACCUCCUCAGAAGUGAUGAGCAAGGCUUGGUGGAGUGCACUAGAGAAAGCAGGAAGCUGUUGUCGCUUUUGAGUCCUAGUUCUCCUCUUGAUAAAAAUGACUGAGGCGACUGACUGCAAUGAUCAAUGGUACCCCAGCCCACUAGCUAAUCCUUGAAAUCUGGGCUCUGAGCUAGGCAGUCUGGACCCCUGUAUCAGAGUGUUCCCCUUCCAGUUACCUAAACCGAAGUCCUUUCCUAUCUUCCCUCUAACCUUCCAAUUAAAGCUUUUUUCCUAUAAAUUUGUGCUUUAGUUUUAAUUUCCAUUUCUACUAAAGCAAAGACCUAUGUUAGCUAGGGACAGAUUUAGUGCCUGAACAUGGGGCUCUCAGAAUUUGCCUUGACUCGGUAAUUCGCUGACAAUGGCCCCUGUGGAAGGAUGAAUCCCCAGCAGGAAAAUCGGCCCCACAGUUAGUCUUCUAAUCCUUUUUUCCUUCCCCUGAUCCCUCCAUGUUAAAUUUCCCUGGGACACCAAGGACUCUGUGGAGACUUUUACUGACUGGGAAUUGCAGGCCCCAGUUGGAUGUCCAGAUUAGUUGCUGGUUGUCUCAGUCAUUGGUCUUUUGUUUGGAAAGGCACUGGUUCUUUUUCUAAAAUCCCCUGGAUUAGAGACAGAUCUUUCAUUGGGCAAGGCAUCCAAAUGUCUUAGAUUUCCUCUCUCGGUGCUAUCUGCUCUGUUCCACCUCUGUACUCACACUUCUCAGACAGGGAACAACACCCUCCAUUCUUAUGAUUCAUAACUUUCUUCCCUUGGGUUAUGUCCUAUGCCACUAUCUGGGGGGAAAUCCGAUCCUAUGAUUCAUGUGAAAAUCUCCUGCUCCUUUUCCUUUACACUCAGAGUCAGUAAAGGUCAACCCCUACUCUUUCACUCAGGUUAGAAAUCUAAUUCCUUAGCCAGGUGUGGUGGCUUCUUAAUCCCAGCAUUUGAGAGGCUGAGGUAGGAAGACUGCUUCGAGUUCAAGACAAGAGGAUUGCCUGGGCUUAGUAGCAAGACCCUGUUUCAAAAAACAAAAAAAUCUAGUAGCUCCUCAGCCUGUGUAGUUGGGCUGAUUUGAGGAGGUGGGCUCAAUUCAUUCAUGCCUGCUCUUUUGCAAACUUCUAUGCCUGACGCCUUUCUCAGCUCCAUCCCAAACUCCAACCCUUAUCUUUGCCAACUUCAGAGCUUCAGUCAGCCCCUCAAAGACUGAUUAAAUUUCUUUCCUGUCCUUUACCAUACUAAUCUCCUUUAUGACCUUAUGGGACAGGUGGCAGAGCCUGAUCUUUCGGGAUUGCUGGAGCGGAAGCUUUUACCUAAAACUUCAGUAACAAGUCUUGUAAGCUGCACCAGGAAAAAGCACACCUUUAGGCAUUAACCACUCAAGCUAGCCUAGAUCCCCGAUGAUGAGGAAAGAUUGGAUGGCCCCAUGCAGUUAUUGAAAUUACUUUUAUUCAAGGAUAUUUUCUGUCCACUUUGGCCAACAUUAGUUGUUUCCUACUACGGUUUAAUAGAAUAGAAAAAUAAAUCCUAAAAUUUGACAGGGGCUCUGAUUUUGACCCCUGGUAACUACCUUUCUGACAUUGGACCUUGCUGUCUCAUUUGUCAUUUGAGAACUUUUGGCAUACUGGGCUAAGUACAUUUGGAUUUGAUGAAGAAAUUGUCAUGUCAAUGGAUUGUCCUUGAGCACUUUUGGGGCUCUGGACUUCAGUCAUCUGGUUUUGAGAAGGGAAUUUGCCUUGUUAUUUGAGCCUUCUGUAGUGGCACCUAGACACCCACUGGGAGAACAGGUUAAGACCACCAACAUUUUUGGGGGGCUGCCUGGCAGACAUCAAAGGAAGCACAUACUAGGCCACAGUGAAACUGGCUUAAUCACCCAAAGUAUCAAGGCUGACUGAUUGCAUCACUCUAGCCCUCAAGGUAAAUACUAUGGCUUGGCCUGGCCCAUGUGCAAAAAAAAAAAAAAAAAAAAAAAGUUAAGAAAUCAGGGUAUAUGAGACAUGUCUAUUGAAGUUUAUGUCUGUACCACCAGUAACCCUCUAGGGAAAAUUCUAGGUAAUUUUUCUAAAUUACGGCUAUAAACCUAUGACUAGAAAAAAAAUUUAUUUUUCUAAUACCAUAUGACUAAUACAUCUUAAAGUGUACUCUGAUUUAAUGUAAUUGUUUUAUGUGUUCUAUAUGUUUUUUUGUCUGUCUGCCAGUUAAUCUAUGUUUGUGAUGAUUAUUAAUAUAAUUUUCUUACGUGUUCUUUUGUUUCUUAGUCUGUGUUAAUGGUAACUGACUUGAUAAACGCUAAAAAUCUGAUGGGGCAACAACAAUUCCAUCAAUUUAUCUACAUAAGGGUCUCCAGACUUGGAAGAAAAGAGACAAAUACUCCCUCUGACCCAUUUGUGUGGCCCUAAGUGACAAGAAUCUUAGUGGAGGUGCCAGGGGUGAACAAUCCCAGGACAUGCAGCAGUCUCACAGGGAACCAUCUGAGAGGAAUAUAUCUCAUUCUUGGGUUAGAUGGAGCUCUCAUAGCUCAUCUGAAAAGUCCAAAUGAGGGGAUGGUUGCCCAGCAUCUUGAAUUAAUCCAAACCUGUUAGCAUUUGGGGCUUUUGGGGACACAUAUAAAGGAAUAUUCAGCUCAUUGCUGACACUCUGGGAAGGAUUCUCCACAAGCAGCACACUCUGAUCCAAAGCAUUUCCCUAACAAAGACUCUUGCAACAGCCAAGAGACAAGUCUCCAACAAGUUGUCUUCUAAGAACAGUAUUGGACAUAACUUAAUUCAGAAUUCAGCACAAUAAAUUGCUCUAAAGUUCCUAAAGUAACUACCACAGCUGCUCCAUUUUAACAUUUUUAGCUUAUUUCUUUUCCCUUUUGGUUCUGUGCACUGGUGGGGUUUUUUGUUUGUUUAUUUGUUUUUUGUUUGCUUGUUUUUCUUAAAUCUGAUUUCUUCUCUGUCAUCUUUAGUGAAAAAUGGGUUGUUGUUGCUAGUUAUCCCAGAUAGCCAUGACUAAAAUGCAAGGAUUAAAGCUUGGAUUAAAAUGCAAAAUAUGUUAAAGGAGACCUCUUUGAAACUCAAGAAUUGCUAAAGUUGGUAAAAUGUUUUACCUAGAUUGUUGGCCAAGUAGCAUAUUUAUCUUUGUUAAAAUUUAAGAUACAGUAUUCAUUGCUUUCUGUAUUUCAAGUACAAUGACUUUAGCCUUUUCUUAGACAAAGAAAUAACUUAAUGUUAGUUAUGUUGCUUUGAUACCUUGGAUCUUAUAGGUAUAUUAAAUAGGAAUGGGAUAAAUGCUUACAAGUUCUUAUAAUAGAAUUUCUAAGUAUAUGUGGGUCUAUUAAAUGUGUUUUCAUAACUUGUAAAAAAUAAAGGGUGUAGGAUUGCUUUCUUCUUGGUUUUUCAUUAAAUGUAAGUUUAUUAAAAGUUAAAUUCUAAUGUAUAAUUAUAUAAAUAAGGGGAGUUAUGUUUGUAUUUAAAAGGAAUAUAUUUUAUCUUAUUAAGAAACAGAGUAAUUUGUCCAAAUUCAGAAACUUUGUAAAAUUGGUUUUAAAGGUGAAUUUAAAGAAUGAAACCAGUAAGUCAAAAAGAGAGAUGUAAUGAAAUGUAUGUAUAAGAGAAUAGUUUUUGAAAGAAAAGAUCUUAUACGGUGAGGUUUUGUGCUACGAAGUGGAAAGACAAAGAUGAGAACAAAAACAGAAAGCUUAUGUAUAUUGCAAAAAAGUCUAUUGAGGAUGAAAUUUAUGGGAGGAAAUAUGUAUGUACGAUAAAGUGGACUGUGAUUUCAAAGAGCAUUUAAAGAGUUUUUAACUCAAAAUCUAUAACAUUAAUGCAAAACCAAAUUCUAUUUUUAAAAGAAUAUUUUCUUAAAAUGUUAACUUACUUUUACUAAAUUUACAAAAACUGGCCAAGAAACAAAGGUUUAUGUUUUAUCAAGACAAUGACUUUUGUUUCCUAUUAAGCUUUUGAUUAUGAAGGAAGCUGAAGCUUCACAGAGGCAGUUUUAUAUUUGACACUGUUUAUAUCUGAGACUAGAUAAGUAUACAUCUGAGGACUAAAUAUGCUGUAUAAAUAUGCAAAGUUUGUAAAACUAAAGAUGUAUAAAUUUGAUAAGUGCACAAUAAUGAGUAAGUGCUCUUUUUUAUGCAAUAUGCAUUGCAUCUGGACUUUAAAUAUAUAAAAUGGUCAGUAAAACUUAACACUUUUGCUGUUAAUAACAACAUUAACAGUAAUAGUAACAUUUCGGUACUAUUCAGGUGAGAAAAAAAACCUUCCUUUUGGACAAUUCUGCCAAGUGAAAUAUGGUGUACAUCUAUUGGCUUUAACUAAAUAAACAUUUUGUUGUAUAAAUGAAAUGCACUUACUUGUAUAUUAGAUAUUAUGUCUAUUUAUGAUUUUCUAAGCUUGUAAGAGAUCUAAAGCUAUCUUCUGUUGUUUUUUGUUUGUUUGGUUUUUGGUUUUUUUGGUCAGUAUUGUUAAACUUUGUAGAUAUGUUAAAUGUAAGAAUGACACAAUUAUAUCUAUACUAUUGAGCCAUGAAUUAUAAAUUUCACCUUAAAAGUAAAAGGCUAAGUUGAUAUAUAAACAUUUCUUAUGUAACUGUUA